GCAGGAAAGUGCAGGAGGGACAGGUGAAGUAGCCAUGGUGCUAACGAGUCGGCUACGAGCUAAGCUAAGCUAGCGAAACAGUAAAGAGACAGUGAGUAAAUACUUUGGCUAUAAAUUAGGGUGAGUCUAUGAAUGCCUCCCCUGAUCUUGGUCAAUUUGAAGAAGGUUUUAAGUUUGUCUUAUCGCUAUUUGUUGACAGUUAAAGAGUCACCAUGGACCAGUUCACCGCCAGGUGUGCUUUAUUUUUCCCCCCGGCAGUUUAUUGUCCCAAUAUAGCACUGCAGUUUGCACAUGUAAGACUGAAGGCAGAGCCUCAGCUAUCAGGUUCCGCUCCCGUGGAACCAACUUGGAGAUUGGAUUCAGGAGCCAGAGAUCCUCUCUACCUUUAAGAAUUUCAAACUUUCUAUUUCAAAAAGCUUGUAGUUAAGGCUGGAACAACUGACCAAUGUUCAACCUUUAGUUACUGUUUUAGGCUCAGGCUGCUGGGGGAGUUCCCAUAAUGAUCACAUCUGAGAUCUGAACAACAGAACAACUAUUCCAACCAUUAUAGAUGAAUACAAAGGACACACAGGGUCAGAAGUUAUCAAAGAAAAAAACUGGAAGCACAAUAUAAGUAGAUAUAAAUGACGGCAACAGUUAUUAUAAAAUAUCAGUCUUGAUAAAGGUUACUUGGUGCUCAGUGUUGAUGUCUUGGUAAGUAUUGGUUCAAUUUUGGUUCUUGUUUUUAUUGAAUAGAUCUUCAUUCUUGUGUUUUCAUCCUGUGUUUCCCUUGAUAUUUUUUUUUUAUCUUUUUUUCUCCUUUUUUUUUAACAACUGACAAGUGUCAUCUAUUUGAUUCGAAUUCCUUAUGAUUCCAACUCAGAUUGGACCAGGGGAGCUCAGAGGUUUCCAGUGGUCAGUCUACCCAGCAGAAUCAGACACACCUGGACUCCAUAUUUAUGGUCUGUUUAGGGUGGAGGACUGCACUGACUUUCAAAUGUACUGGAGGACAACAUCAUCACUUUUGUGAAGAAUGAGCUGAAGAUGAUGAAGGUUACUCUGAACCGUGAUUACCCAGAAUGCUUGGUUAAACGGAGAGAGGAUGAGGGAGUGUUGGAACGUGGGGAUGAAGAGCAAGAGAGCUGCAGCAGGGAGGCAAUUGUGAAGAUCUCAGUCCACUUCUUGAGAAGAAUGAAGCAGGAGAGACUGGCUGAUUAUCUGCAGAGCAGAACAACUGCUGGAGCUUGUUGUGAAUUUAAAUCUCAGCUGAAGAAGAAGUUCCAGUGUGUGUUUGAGGGGAUUGCUAAAGCAGGAAACCCAACUCCUCUGAAUCAGAUCUACACAGAGCUCUACAUCACAGAGGGAGAGUCUGCAGAGGUCAAUGAUGAACAUGAGGUCAGACAGAUUGAAACAGCAUCCAGGAAACCACACAGACCAGAAACAACAAUCAGACAAGAAGACAUCUUUAAAGGCUUGCCUGGAAGAGAUGAACCAAUCCGAACAGUGCUAACAAAAGGAGUGGCUGGCAUUGGGAAGACAGUGUUGACACAGAAGUUCACUCUGGACUGGGCAGAAGGCAAAGCCAAUCAGGUCAUCCAGUUCAUUUUUCCAUUCACUUUCAGAGAGCUGAAUGUGCUGAAAGAGGAAAAGCUCAGCUUGGUGGAACUUGUUCAUCACUUCUUUACUGAAACCAAAGAAGCAAGAAUCUGCACGUUUGAAGACUUCCAGGUUGUAUUCAUCUUUGAUGGUCUGGAUGAGUGUCGACUUCCUCUAAACUUCCGCAAAACUCCAAUCCUAACUGACCCUAGAAAGUCCACUUCAGUGGAUGUGCUGCUGACAAACCUCAUCAGAGGGAACCUGCUUCCCUCUGCUCGCCUCUGGAUAACCACACGACCUGCAGCAGCCAAUCAGAUCCCUCCUCAGUGUGUAGACAUGGUGACAGAGGUCAGAGGGUUCACUGAUCCACAGAAGGAGGAGUACUUCAGGAAGAGAUCAAAAGAUGAGAAAAAGGCCAAUCGGAUCAUCUCCCACAUCAAGACGUCACGGAGCCUCCACAUCAUGUGCCACAUCCCAGUCUUCUGCUGGAUCACUGCUACAGUUCUGGAGGAUGUGCUGAAAGCCAGCAUGAGGGAAGGGCUGCCCAAGACCCUGACUGAGUUGUACAUCCACUUCCUGGUUGUUCAGGUCAAAGUGAAGAAGGUCAAGUAUGAUGGAGGAGCUGAGACAGAUUCACCCUGGAGUCCAGAGAGCAGGACCAUAAUUGACUCUCUGGGAAAACUGGCUUUUGAGCAGCUGCAGAAAGGAAACCUGAUCUUCUAUGAAUCUGACCUCAAAGAGUGUGGUAUUGAUAUCAGAGCAGCCUCAGUGUACUCAGGAGUGUUCACACAGGUCUUUAAAGAAGAGAGGGGACUGUACCAGGACAAGGUGUUCUGUUUUGUCCAUCUGAGUGUUCAAGAGUUUCUGGCUGCUCUUCAUGUCCAUCUGACAUUUAUCAACUCUGGAAACAAUCUGCUAGAAGAACAACAAAAAACAUCCAAGAAAUUUGAUACAAAAGAAUCUGCAGAGAAACACUUCCACCAGAGUGCAGUGGAAAAGGCCUUAGAGAGUCUGAAUGGACAUCUGGACUUGUUCCUUCGCUUCCUUCUGGGUCUUUCACUGCAAACUAAUCAGAAUCUCCUACAAGGUCUGCUGACACAAACAGAAAGUAGUUCACAGUCCAAUCUUGAAACCGUUAAGUACAUCAAGUGGAAGCUCAGUCAGAAUCUGGCUGCAGAGAAAACCAUAAACCUGUUCCACUGUCUGAAUGAACUGAAUGAUUGUUCUCUAGUGGAGGAGAUCCAACACUCCCUUAGUUCAGGAAGUCUCUCUGCAGAUAAACUGUCUCCUGCUCAGUGGUCAGCUCUGGUCUUCAUCUUACUGUCAUCAGAAAAAGAUGUGGAUGUGUUUGACCUGAAGAAAUACUCUGCUUCAGAGGAGGCUCUUCUGAGGCUCCUGCCAGUGGUGAAAAUCUCCAACAAAGCUCUACUGAGUUCCUGUAACCUAUCAGAAAGAAGCUGUGAAGCUCUGUCCUCCGUUCUAAACUCCCAUUCAAGUCUGAGAGAGCUGGACCUGAGUAAUAAUGACCUGAUGGACGCUGGAGUGAAUGCACUGUCUGCUGGGUUGGAAAGUCCACACUGUAAACUUGAAACACUCAGGCUGUCAGGCUGUCAAAUCACAGAACAAGGCUGUAAGGCUCUGGUGUCUGCUCUGAACUUAAAACCCUCUCAUCUGAGAGAGCUGGACCUGAGCUACAAUCAUCCAGGGGAUGCAGUUGUGAAGCUGCUUGCUGUGGGACAGGACCACCUAAACUGGAGGCUGGACAUGCUCAGGGUGGAGCCUGCUGGAGUCCAGUGGUUGAGACCAGGUCUGAAGAAGUAUUCCUGUCAACUCACAAUCGACACAAACACAGUAAACGGAAAACUCAGACUGUCUGACAACAAUAGGAAGGUGACACAUGUGGAGGAGGAUCAGUCAUAUCCUGAUCACCCAGACAGAUUUGAUGACCUCUGUCCUCAGCUACUGUGCAGAAAUGGUCUGACUGGUCGCUGUUACUGGGAGGUCGAGUUUAGUGGCCAGGCACUUCUGUCAUUGAAUUACCAAAGAAUUACAAGGAAAGGAAACACUAGUGACUCUUUGUUUGGAUGGAGUGAUCACUCCUGGAGUGUGAGGUGCACUGAAAAUGGUGUUGAUUAUAUCCUUCACAAUAAAACUGAAACAUCCAUCCCCUCCUCUUUUUCCUAUUCCUCCUCCAUUUCCACCGGAGUCUGUAACAGAAUAGCAGUCUAUUUGGACUGGCCUGGUGGCACUCUGUCCUUCUACAGAGUGUCCCCUGACACUCUGAUCCACCUCCACACCUUCAGCACCACAUUCACGGAACCUCUUUAUCCUGGAUUUGGGUUUGGGUUAUCAUCCUGGAACAGUCCUGGUUCCUGGUUAUCUCUCUGUUAAGUUUAGUACCGGAGGCCUGCCCAUGUUAAAGAAACUGUUUCAUACUUGAGUGUCUCUGUCAUUCAGAUUUCAAUUACAUGUUGAUUUUCAUUUGUAGACUUAUCUAAGCUAAAUGUUUGUUUUACUCUUUUGAAGUUGUGCUUAAACUGAUUUCUUAUGUAGUUUACCAAGUUAAUCAAAGUUAUGAAAGACUAACUGUGACAGGGCUUGCAAAAUUUCAAAAUCCCUGGUAGCCCUUCGGGCAGGCACUCUUCAGUUUUUGGUAGCCCAAAAUAAAUUUAAGUAGCCCGAAUAAAAAAGAGAGCAAUUUUUUGAUUUA